AUGGAAACCCAAGUCAAUUAAGAUAUAUCUAAGCUUGGAUUUUGUGAUCUGCACAACAUCGAUCUUUCUCCAUAUCAUCAGGUAUCUAGUAUUUUUGCUCCUAAUAUAUUUGACUAGAUGUUUAUAGAUGCAGUUAAUUUGGUUAUUGACACUAAGAAAAGAGGGGCUCACCAUGUUGACAUCAGAGAUAUUUUACAUGAUAGACUGCCUCACCCUGGGCUAGUAUUUAUUGUCACUCACGAUUUGCUCGUCAAAGGAACGCUCUUUAUAAAUUAAUAGGCUAACAGAUAAGUAUCAUACAAUUCAGGAAAGUACCUAAAUAAGCUUUCCAGCCCUAAAGAAUCACUUCAAGAUGAAGAUUAAUGGAUGAUUGAAACUCCUCCUAUGUUUUUAGAUGGUCAUCCAUUAAAUAACAGAAUAUUACUAGCGACUUUUCCUAGAACAGGAAAUUCGUUUUUGAGAUAAUAUCUUGAAAACAUAACAAAUAUAGUGACUGGUACAGAUAUGGACUUUGCAGUUAAUUAUGAAUUAGGGUUAAAUGGCUUCAAAGGAAACCGUAUAGUUGCCACAAUCAGAAAUCCACUUGACACAUUGGUCUCAAGAUAUGAAUUAGUUUGCACCCAUCUUCAAUCUUAUAAACUCUCAGACUAAUAUUACGAAUAGAAUAGAGAUCAAUUCCAAGCUUUCGUUUAAUCUUCUAUGGCUGCUUAGCAGUAACACGCUCUUUAACUAAUAGAAGAGUGCAAAGCUGAAGGCAUUCCUCUCCAUUUUAUAAGAUAUGAAGAUUUACUAUACAAACCAAAAGAGACUCUUGAAGAUCUCUUUAAAUUUAUGAUGGGUUGUGAGAAUAUUGAAGGUUCCUUAGUUCAGUAAUUGAUAGAAAAAGCAGUUUAUACAAUGAAUAAAGGAAAAACAAUUUACAAAGUGCAAAACACAGGAAUCAAUAAGCAUAGAUCUAAAUAUAAUCAAGAGAUGAUUAAUUAGGUAGCCAGUGAACUCCAUUGGUUUAAUCAUUUCUUUGGCUACACAUAAAUGGAUGGGAAUGAUGAGAAUAGUUUUGAUGUUUUCUAAUAUGAUGAAGAAACGAAGAAUUAAGAAAUUUAUUUACAAUAUCUUAAUCACAAUAAGUAAGCGAUGAAACAAUCGCUCAAUGGGCAUCUUGAAAAUUGGUUUACGACAUAUAAGCCUGGAAAAAUACUGGAAAAUCAUGCUGGAUUCCAAGGUGUCAUUAACUUGCCGUGA